AAUCACUGCAAUGGCAGAGGAGUAGGGGAGGGUGGAGGACACCGGCAGCAGCCCUGCCUCCUCAUUGCAUGUGAACACACAGCAGAGUAGACGCAGGGAAAGCAGGCAGCACCAUCACAGGGGCAACAAAGGGACGCACGGUUCAUCUCAGGCUGCAAAAGAAUAAAUGAUUCAUUGAGACAAGUUUCGCUUUGAGAUACACGUCCUAUUGCAUCUGUCCUCACCUCAAAGGUGUAAUAGCACUUCAUAGUCAUGGAGCUGGAGCACUUUGAUGAGCGGGACAAGGCUCAGAGAAAUACCAGAAGGGGCUCAAGAGGGAAUGGGCUUCCCAGUCCCACUCACAGUGCCCACUGCUGCCUUUACAGAACCAGGACGCUGCAAGCACUUAUCUCAGAAAAAAAGGCCAAGAAGAUUCGGUUCUACCGCAAUGGGGACCGCUACUUCAAAGGGAUCGUGUAUGCCAUUUCUCAGGAGAAAUUUAGGUCCAUUGAAGCACUCCUGGCUGACCUUACUCGAUCUCUGUCAGACAAUGUCAAUUUGCCACAAGGGGUGCGAACCAUAUAUACCGUUGAUGGGACAACAAAAAUCACCAGCAUGGACCAACUGGUGGAAGGUGAGAGCUAUGUCUGCGCAUCCAUAGAGCCCUACAAGACGCUUGAAUACACAAAGAAUGUUAAUCCCAAUUGGUCAGUGGGUGCUCGGACUGCCAUGGCAGUUCGUGAUCCUGCUUCCCUCGGUAGCGCCAUGGCCGGAUGCCCUGAAACCAAGGAAACCAAGGACUUUAUCAAGCCCAAACUGGUGACCAUUGUCCGCAGUGGAGUAAAGCCUCGCAAGGCUGUACGCAUCUUGCUCAACAAGAAGACUGCACACUCCUACGACCAAGUCCUGUCUGACAUUACAGACGCCAUUAAGCUUGACUCUGGAGCUGUCAAAAGGCUAUAUACUGUGGACGGCAAGAUGGUCACCUGCCUUCAGGACCUUUUUGGUGAUGAUGAUAUAUUUAUUGCCUGUGGCCCUGAGAAGUUUCGUUAUCAGGAUGACUUCAACUUGGAUGAAGGCGAAUGCAGAGUGGCAAAGUCUGCAUCAUAUGGACGACUUCCCUCCAUGCAGGGUCUAUCUUCCCCGAGAAGUGGUGGGAUGUCCCGUAGAAGCAAGUCUCCGUCAUCCACCGGUUCAGCUAAUGGUACAGCAGGCAGUCAGCUGUCCACGCCUAGAUCUGGAAAGUCUCCAAGCCCCUCUCCAACCAGUCCAGCUAGCCUCCGACGAAGACAGGGAUCUCUGCAUAGUGGCUCUUCUCUCUCUUUGGCUUCUACCAAGGUUUGCAGCUCAAUGGAUGAAGGCGACGGGCCUGGAAGUGAAGCUGAGCCAUUGGAUGAGUACCCUUCAGUACCUGCCUCCAUAUCAGAGAGGUACAAAGUUGGGAGGACUUUAGGGGAUGGAAACUUUGCCGUGGUGCGAGAGUGUGUUGAGAGAUCCACUGGAAGAGAGUACGCUUUGAAGAUCAUCAGUAAAGAUAAAUGCAGAGGAAAGGAACACAUGAUACAGAGUGAAGUGUCAAUCCUUCGGCGGGUGAAACAUCCCAACAUCGUACUUUUAAUUGAGGAAAUGGACACCCACGGUGCCCUUUUUCUUGUUAUGGAGUUGGUUAAGGGAGGCGAUCUCUUUGAUGCAAUCACCUCAUCUAAAAAAUACACGGAGCAAGAUGCCAGCAGUAUGCUGUUCAAUCUGGCAAGUGCCAUCAAGUACCUGCACAGUCUCAACAUCGUCCACAGAGACAUCAAACCUGAAAACUUGUUGGUGUUUGAACACCACGAUGGCAGUAAAUCUCUGAAGCUAGGUGACUUUGGCUUGGCCACUGUUGUGAACGGGCCCCUCUAUACUGUGUGUGGCACACCCACCUAUGUUGCUCCAGAGAUCAUUGCUGAGACGGGAUAUGGCCUUAAGGUCGAUAUCUGGGCAGCUGGGGUGAUUACUUACAUACUGCUGUGUGGUUUUCCUCCUUUCCGUGGUGGUGAAGAUCAGGAGGCUCUCUUUGACCAGAUUUCAAGAGGCCAGCUUGAUUUCCCUGCGUCAUCCUGGGAUAAUGUGUCUGAUUCUGCCAAGGCUCUGAUCACUGGAAUGCUGCAGGUAGACGGUAAACGGAGAUAUACAGCUGUGCAAGUUCUGGAUCAUCCCUGGGUCAAUGAUGAUGCUGGGUCAGAGAAUGAGCAACAGCUGCUAGUGGCUGGGAAAAUCAAGAAGCAUUUUAACACCGGGCCAAAGCUCAACAGCACCACAGCAGGAGUGUCUGUCAUUACGACCACAGCACUUGAUAAAGAGAAGCAAGUUUUCCGACGAAGACGCCACCAAGAUGUGAAGCUCCCUUCCCACUUCCCUCACAGUAUCCGUGCCGGUGCCAACCCAGGCCUCCCGGCCGCCGAGUUCAACUCAGAGUCCGAGGAUAUUUCCCCGUGUUCAGCUGACACCAUCCGUUCACCUGACACCGUCCGUUCACCCACCUCCCCGUUUUAACAGCCUUCAUGAGGAUCGCUGGCCCUUCCUCACAUUUAUAAAAAAGUAGGAGAGAUUGGAGGGCAAGAUGGAAAUACCCAAAACUGGGGUUAGUCGUCUGAUUUGGACAUUCACAGACUGCAUACUUUACCUUUACCUAUUAUUUUUUUAAUCAUAAUAAUUUCAUUUGCACUACAAAAGGCAUUGAUCAGAGAAAUCGACAAGUUUGAAGCUGUGAGAAUUCACCUUGUUCUCUUUUCAUUUCAAAAGCCACACAACUGUUUGCCUUAUUUCUACACAGCGAGCACUGAUUAGUAGUACUUUGGAGCCCUCUUCUGGUGCAGAUUGAAUACUGCAGAAAAGUCAACCUGCUAAGCUAAGCACUCGGCUGCUUUUAAAAGUAAUAAAGAAGAGUAUUGCAUUAUAUGAUAUUGUGAUCGGACAUGUAGAUGUAAGAUGUAACUUGUAAGAUACUGGUGCAUACGGCUUAGAAACACUGUUUGAGAACUAAAGGAACUUAAAAGACAUGCUGCUACAUUUAAACAUAAACAUUAUCUGAAGAGAUUUUUUUUAUGGAGGACAAACAUGGUCCUGCCAUCAAGCAGCUCAGCUCGAUAGAGAUUUGGCUGCACAAGUGUUUGAUUGUUGAUGCUCCUGCUCAUCUGGAAGCAGAAGUUGUUACAUGUCUGUAAGAGUGGUUAGAAUUCAGUAGUGGUACAGAUGAAUGUCAGUGUUGUGUAGUUGAUAGUAAGUGCAUGUUUUAGCCUUCCCUUCAAUAUGGAUUUAAGUGCAAUUAGGUGUACUUCCCAAUGAGCACAUUAUUUUUAAAAUGUCUCCUUUUUAAAAUGCUGGAAUAAGUGAGAUUGUAUCCAUCACAGGUUGUUAUUGAUAGCAGAGAAACACACUUCUCUCUACAAUGGGGACAAUUAAAUUAUUAUUUUCAAACUUUGAAAUAAGACAGGUUAAAUGUUUAACACGACAGUGCUUCCAGUACAAUCCAUGUGUUCAUUUCUUCUUUUAUCAGAUCAAACAACAUGACUGAGAAGUCUGUAUGUACUGUAUGUCCUCUGAGCUCUUCAUACAUUGUAUCAGAGAGAAAAUAUUCAUGGGUGUGAAUGUCCUGCCUCGCAUCAAAGACUGUAACCUGCAUGUGAACUAAUAUGCAUCCUAGUUCUGGUCUUUUACUGUUAGAUAUAUACCACUUCUGUUAUUACUAUAUGCACCCUCUUCACAAAUGAAGUUCAAUUAAGGAAGACUGGAGUCAUACCACAGCUAAGUUAAGACUUGUAUAUACAUGUUUAAACAGAAAUGUACCAACUCAUCACUGACAUUGUUGUAAAGGGCUUUUAAGUUUUUGAUAAGAAUGAAGGGAACCAAAAAGCACAAAGAAAGCAAGUUGUGAUGACGACUUUCUGGGAAUGUUUGCAUGUCAUCUGAAAAACAUGUCAUGUUUGCAAACAGAAAUGGUACUCAAAGAAGACUGUGAAUGUCAAGGUUAUGUGGACGCAGAUAAAGAAAGUGACUGCUGUAUUGUAUUCAUCCAUAUUCCAUUUAAUGCAGAGACAUAAAAACAAUCUUAAUGAGAACAUAACAGGUAACAUGAAAGGAUUUGUUGUGGUGGUUGGAAAAAAAAAACAACUUCCAACAAUAUUCUCUCCAAAGAAAUGAAACCUGGUAAUAAAAAUGAUUAGUCACUAA